UUCCGAGAGAGAGAACCCAAACACGGCUAGCUAGAUCUCCAGCUAGCAGCUCCGUGAUGAGGCCGGACCCGAACCCUCCGCAGCGGGCAGAACUAGGGUGAUAGUCCGGAGGUUUAGCUCGCAGAGCGGCCGGUGAACCACCUCAGGACCCGGGGAACUAGUGCUGGUUCAACAGCAUCAGCAGCAUGAAUCUGAGAGGACUCUUCCAGGACUUCAACCCCAGUAAGUUCCUGAUCUACUCGUGCCUGCUGCUCUUCUCCGUGCUGCUGUCACUGAGGCUGGAUGGAGUCAUCCAGUGGAGCUACUGGGCCGUCUUCACCCCCAUCUGGCUCUGGAAGCUGCUGGUCAUCAUCGGGGCGUCGGUGGGAACCGGAGUCUGGGCCCACAACCCCCAGUACAGGGCUGAAGGGGAGACCUGUGUGGAGUUCAAGGCCAUGCUGAUCGCCGUGGGGCUCCACGUUCUCCUGCUGAUGUUCGAGGUGUUGGUGUGCGACCGCGUGGCCAGAGGAACCUACUUCUGGCUGCUGGUCUUCAUGCCGCUGUUCUUCGUGUCUCCCGUCUCCGUGGCGGCCUGCGUCUGGGGCUUCAGACACGACCGCUCCCUCGAGCUGGAGGUGUUGUGUUCAGUUAACAUUCUCCAGUUCAUCUUCAUCGCUCUGAGGCUCGACAGGAUCAUCAACUGGCCCUGGCUGGUGGUGUGUGUCCCUCUGUGGAUCCUCAUGUCCUUCCUGUGCCUCGUGGUCCUCUACUACAUCAUCUGGUCCGUCCUCUUCCUCCGCUCCAUCGACAUCAUCGCUGAGCAGCGCCGCACCCACAUCACCAUGGCGAUCAGCUGGAUGACCAUCGUCGUGCCUCUGCUCACCUUUGAGAUCCUGCUGGUGCACAAGCUGGACGGCCACAACAGCCUGAGCUUCGUCUGCGUGUUCGUCCCUCUGUGGCUCUCUCUGCUCACGCUCAUGGCCACCACCUUCGGACAGAAGGGAGGGAACCACUGGUGGUUCGGCAUCCGUAAGGACUUCUGCCACUUCCUGUUGGAGCUCCUCCCCUUCCUGCGAGAGUACGGCAACGUGUCCUACGACCUCCAGCGCAGCGAGGACCCCGAGGCAGCCGAGGACCUGCCCGUCCCCGAGCCGCCGCCAAAGAUCGCCCCCAUGUUCCACAAGAAGACCGGCGUGGUGAUCACGCAGAGCCCCGGGAAGUACUUCGUCCCGCCCCCGAAACUCUGCAUCGACAUGCCGGACUAACGCUGGACCAGACAGGAGGGCGCAGUCUGAACUGAGUCAUGAAGGACCAGAACGGCAGGGGACGCUGGGUCUGGUUUUUCCUGAAGGAUUUGGUCCCCUAAAUGGUGGAUCCAGAAUUAGAGCCCAAAUGGUGGAUCCAGAAUUAGAGCCCCAAAUGGUGGAUCCAGAAUUAGAGCCCAAAUGGUGGAUCCAGGAUUAGAGCCCUAAAUGGUGGGUCCAGAAUUAGAGCCCUAAAUGGUGGAUCCAGAAUUAGAGCCCUAAAUGGUGGAUCCAGAAUUAGAGCCCUAAAUGGUGGAUCCAGAAUUACAGCCCUAAAUGGUGGAUCCAGAAUUACAGCCCUAAAUGGUGGAUUCAGAAUUAGAGCCUCAAAUGGUGGAUCCAGAAUUAGAGCCCCAAAUGGUGGAUCCAGAAUUAGAGCCCCAAAUGGUGGAUCCAGAAUUAGAGCCCCAAAUGGUGGAUCCAGAAUUAGAGCCCUAAAUGGUGGAUCCAGAAUUCGAGCCCCAAAUGGUGGAUCCAGAAUUCGAUCCCUAAAUGGUGGAUCCAGAAUUAGAGCCCUCAAUGGUGGAUCCAGAAUUAGAGCCCCAAAUGGUGGAUCCAGAAUUAGAGCCCCAAAUGGUGGAUCCAGAAUUAGAGCCCCAAAUGGUGGAUCCAGAAUUAGAGCCCUCAAUGGUGGAUCCAGAAUUAGAGCCCUCAAUGGUGGAUCCAGAAUUAGAGCCCUCAAUGGUGGAUCCAGAAUUAGAGCCCUCAAUGGUGGAUCCAGAAUUAGAGCCCUCAAUGGUGGAUCCAGAAUUAGAGCCCUCAAUGGUGGAUCCAGAAUUAGAGCCCCAAAUGGUGGAUCCAGAAUUAGAGCCCUCAAUGGUGGAUCCAGAAUUAGAGCCCCAAAUGGUGGAUCCAGAAUUAGAGCCCCAAAUGGUGGAUCCAGAAUUAGAGCCCCAAAUGGUGGAUCCAGAAUUAGAGCUCUCAAUGGUGGAUCCAGAAUUGGAGCCCAAAUGGUGGAUCCAGAAUUGGAGCCCAAAUGGUGGAUCCAGAAUUGGAGCCCAAAUGGUGGAUCCAGAACCCUCAUGUGGGCUGUUUGAACUCUGUCCAGGAUUAAAUCAUGGAACCAAAAGACUUUUUUUAGUUUUGACUGUUGCAUUCUGACAUUUUGGGGGAAAAACUGACCACGGAAGACUGAUGACCCAGUCCAGAAGAGCUGGAUCUGCGUGGACUUGAAUAUUUGACUCGGUAGAUUUUAAAUUUUACGUAAAAAGCAAAGACGGCUUGUCUUGCCUUGCUUCAUGAUGGGGACCAUUGGAGAGACUGAAUUUGGGAUCUUGUUGCUCCUGGUCCCAGUUUUGACCAUGCAGGUGGAGAAAACAAGGUAGGUGGAGUUAAAGGAAGGGUUCAGCUUUUAUUCCAGGUCCGUCUUUGGACAAUACUUCCUGUCCACAUGGACUUAAUCCUGUGGCGUUAAAAUAGAUAUGUGCACCUGAAUGCACCAUGAAGUCCCUGUUGGCACAGACACACAUUGUUCAAAGCCAUGUAGACUCGAGCGAGACACAGCGCGGGUGAAUAUUCUCCCACAACUGUGGAUUUCCUCCUCAAUUUCUUGCAUUAGGGUUUGAAAGUUAUUCUUUCGAUGUGCGAGUAUUGUUUCUAAAGAUACCUGAAACAGUUUGAACCUUUCCUUUUAAAACAAUAGGACAAUGGAAAUGGCACUUUGUUAAUCUGUUAAUCCAGAUGAGUCCUGUCGUCAGUUUUUUGUAUUUCCUGUUGUUGUUGUUGUUUUUCUGUAAAUAAAUACCAGAAGUUGUUAGUCAUGUUAGGGACCAGAGCAGUUGAAGGUAACAAACAAUCAUCCACUUCUAUCUGAAUUCACCUUGUAGCAAAGAGUCAGCAUAUUAAAUAAAUAAAGAAGGAGGAAUCUCAGUCAACUCUUUUCUUUAUUUUAGGUGAUUAUCAACGUAGAUUUCUCUUUAUUUUAAUAGCUUCGAUGUGCUGGAGCAAAGAAAAGAGUCAGAUCCUGCACAUAUCAGCUUUACCUCGCUCAAACAAUAAAUACAUGCAAAUACAUGAAAAAUCAUCCAAAUCUAAUUAGUAGAGUAUCUAUCAAGUUAUUCCCAAAAUAAAAAACAAUCCCCCACAUUGCAUAUUCUAUUGUGUUGUAUAAAGGAUUGCUGGAGUGUGUGAACAUUUUUUACAUGUUGUUUUUUCCCAUUAAAUUGUUCUGAUUUA